AUGAGAUCCCUUGUUGUUCUUCUCGUAUUGUCUAUAAUUGUUGUCGGAGGUGAUCGUCAUUUAAAUGGAAAUGGACCAUUUGGUAAAGGUCAUGGUAUGGGCGAUGAACCAAGUCCACAUGCAUGUAAUCGUCGUACGGGCAUUCGUUCUUCUUUGAAAAAUCUAAACUUCAUGUAUAUAAAUGUAUCAGCUACGUUUUAUUCAAGCAACGAUCAAAUCACUAUUACAUGGACACCAACAUUAGCUCCUUGUAUUGAUGAUUUUGUUGGGAUUUAUUUUGUUGAAAUUGAUCCUUUAGACGCUUGUGGCUAUUUCGAUUAUGAAUUUGUUAAAAAAGAUCAAAGUAGUACAUUAUGGCAAAUGACAAAUUUACGUCGUAAACUUGAAUUUCGUUAUUAUUCUCGUGAUUAUACUUGUUCUGGUAAUUAUUCCUUAAUUGCAAAAUCUCCUGUAGUUGAACCAUUAAAUUACAAUGAACCAACACAUAUUCAUUUAGCCUAUGGUGAUCGUAUUGAUCUAAUUUAUGUUUCAUAUUUAACAAAUUCAUCUGAAUAUAUACCUCAAUGUCAAUAUGGAUUAAGUCCAUUAUCACUUAGUUUACGUGAAAAUGGAACAACAACAACUUAUACAGCAUCCGAUAUGUGUGAAGAAAAAGCUAAUAUAUGGGGACCACAAACAUUUAUUCAUCCUGGAUAUAUGCAUACUAUUUUAUUAGAAGAUCUUCGCCCAUCCACAACAUAUUUCUAUCGUGUUGGAACUGAUCAACAUGGUUGGUCACAAAUUUAUUCAUUUACAAAUCGUCCUGCAAAUAAAGAUGAAUCAAUCAAUUUAAUUGCUUAUGGUGAUUUGGGUUUAUCACCAGUUGAACUUGGUGCUAAAUCAACAAUUAAUCGAGUAACAUCACGUAUUAUAUCAACAAAUGUUACUUGUUUACUUCAUAUUGGUGAUAUAAGUUAUGCUCGAGGUAUUGGAGCUUUAUGGGAUGGAUUUAUGACUCAAAUACAACCAAUAUCAGCUCGUGUACCCUAUAUGGUUGGAAUUGGAAAUCAUGAAUAUGAUCAUGUUACUGGGGGAGAUAAAGAUCCAAGUGGAGCAUCAGGUCCAGGAGGAUUUAGACCUAAAUGGGGUAAUUAUGGUUCUGAUUCAGGUGGUGAAUGUGCCGUUCCAAUGGUUCGUCGUUUUCAUUCUCCAUCAAAUGGAAAUGGUCUUUUUUGGUAUAGUUUUGAUGUUGGUCCAAUUCAUAUUAUUUAUUAUUCAACAGAACAUGAUUUUCGUCGUCAAUCUGAUCAAUAUCAAUGGAUUGAAGAAGAUCUUCGUUCAGUAAAUCGUUCUCGUACUCCAUGGUUAAUUGUUGGUUCCCAUCGACAUAUGUAUACAUCAGAAUCUGAAUAUCCAAUAGAUUUAAUUAAAUUAAUGCUUCAAUUAUAUUUAGAACCAUUAUUUUAUAAAUAUCAUGUUGAUGUUAAUCUUUAUGCACAUCGACAUUCAUAUGAACGUUCAUGUCCAAUGUUUCAACAUAAAUGUGUUGAUGAUGGUAUAAUACAAGUAUUAAUUGGUAUGGCUGGACAAGAUCUAGAUUCAGGUUCAUAUUCAGGUGCUGAAUGGAGUUUAUAUCAUGAUCAACAAUUUGGAUAUACAACUAUAUUUGCCAAUCAAACUUAUUUACAUUUUACUUAUUAUCAUGAUAGUGACGAUAAUAUUGCUGAUCAAUUUGAACUUCAUAAAUAA